UGUGUACUCACUGGGUAUAGAGGGUCUAAAGUACACAAGGUGAAGAUCAUCAUCUUACAGUAUUACCAUGGAGACACAAAAUGGUGAUGUCAUAUUGCAGAAUAGCGAGAAGUCACAAAACAGUAUGAAGAGAAAUGGACCUCUAGAAACAAUAGACCUGGCCGCAGCACUAGAGACUCCUAAAGAUGCAGCAAAAGUCAUAUCUCGGGCUUUAGAAAAUGAAGGGUUCCUCUACAUAGUCAAUAUCCCAGAUUUUGAAUCUGCUGAACUACUCAAAGCUACUAAAUGGUUCUUUAACCUUCCUCUUAAUGAAAAGAUGACAUUAGCUCGAAAGGCAUUUGAGCCAGAAAACGUUAACACAUUUAGAGGGUACAACCCUGUCAUCCCAGGGGGACACUCCUAUAAAGAAGCGUUUGAGAUAGGUAUGUUCGGAGAUUUUGAUUACGACAAGCAUAAGAAGAAAACAUACAUAGAUAGUAGGCCACUGAUGCGAGAUAUCGCCAUGGAAGGAAAUGUCUGGCCAGAUUAUGACCCACAAUAUCCAAAGUUUAAAGACACCAUCAUCAAAUAUUGUGAUAUAUAUCGUAAAACUGGGGAACAGGUGCUGCAAUUAAUUGCACUAAGUUUGGGGUUGGAGAAAACGGCGCUAGAUCAUCUCUUUCAGUCCAAUAUCCUAGCCAUGUUCCGUUUGUUACACUACCCAUCUCGUGUCAAUUUCUCAAGAUCUGAGAUCCCCGAUGAAGCUAUAGAUGGAGACGAGUUGAUAACAACAGGUGCACACGCUGAUUCUAGCUAUAUAACACUCCUUGCGACAUUUGACAAUUGGGGGCUGCAAAUGCAACAGAAAGGGGUGUGGAUCGAUGUACCCCCGAUAAAAGAUAGCCUCCUUAUGAACAUAGGUGCAUUAAUGUCCGAGUUGGUAGGAGGAAGGUUUAGAGCCACGAUUCACAGAGUUGUUGACCUUGGAAAAGAUAGAUUCUCUGCCCCAUUCUUUUAUUCACCAAGCUUUGAUGCUGAUAUCAGCAAGACAUAUGAUGGCAAAGACAUUGAGCGUCCAGGUCAAUAUAAAAAGUAUGGGCCAUGGAUGUUAAAGAGAACCAGCCAGUUUAAAGAAUAUUCUUCUACUGACUUUGGUGUCUAUCUAGAAAAAUAAUCAGCUUAUUGUUCAGGACAGUAUUAAUAUAAGACACAUGCUUAUUUUCAUUCACCUAAAUUCCUCCAACACUCACAGCUGAAAGUGUUGAUGAUUUAAGCCUUGGACUCGUUGCAAUGUGGAAUGACCAUUCCUUGAAGGUGUUGCUUUCCAAAAUUUGCACGAGAUGCGUACAAUA